GGACGAUUUUGACCUAGGGGCUCAUUUCAGCGUUAGCAACACUGGCGAGGCAAAACAAAUUCCGGGGAGUCAAUAAAAAAUAAUCCAAUGUAAACCUUCAUCGUGCGACAAAUCACAAAGCAAAAGUCGGCAGAUUAUUGUGACAUCCGACUGAUAGGAUGGUUAUCCAACUAUCAAAUAACUAACUGAGACCCCAAGCAGUUGGAAUCUGAAGAGUAUGGAUCCAGAGUGGAUUGACUGAUUUGAUGUCGUCUUAUCUCUCUGUGUUCGAUGUGAUUGCAACAUAGGAGUAAUUCAUAUUAGGGUGUUUUGUGCUUUCCCUCUGCUGUGUGAUCCUCACGUCUUUCGGAUCACGGCAGCGCAAAAGGAGGUGCAUUAUCUAUUCAUACUUAUCAACGCCCUGAGGUGAUUCCCUUCCGCAUUCCCGCAUGAAUACGAUGACCCAGAGCCACGAAGAUCAAGUGGGUCAGCAUGCCCAUCCCACCUGCUCCACGGAUUUGGCCCAUCUCCAUCAGCUCUGUUUCCCGCUGAUUCAGCGCUCGCUCUCCUUGCAAGGAUCCGGCGAUCAGGUGGAUUAUGGCACGCCCCUGACCCCUUUGAGCGAGGGCUCGGUACCUGGGUACGAUCAAGUCGACGCCAAAGGCACAUUCAAGCUUCGCGACAUUGAGAAAGAGCUCAAAGAGAACGUGGGUCGCCAACAUUUGGAGAACGAAUUGGGUCUGUCGUGGACCAAAAUCCGGGAAGUGCUCAAACGCGCCGAUAAGAACGGCGACGGAAAAGCCCAAUACGGAGACUUUCUGUUGGCCCUCCAGCAUUAUCGGAUCGACAGCGAGGAAUGCGGGCCCUUCAAGAAAAUGGUCCGGGCCUUUGCCUACGUGGAGGAGUUCCACACGUUCCCGCCGCCCUUGUUCAUUAGCAUCGUGACUCUGAUGGAAUUGGGGAUCUUCAUCUACCAUGCGGUUCACUUACCUCGAGCUCAUGGACUGCCCAUGACUUGGGAAGGGCCUGUGCCUUAUUGCUCAGUUUUGAUCUACAACCCCUUCCGGCGUUGGGAGGCGUGGCGGUUCUUGACCUAUAUGUUCGUUCAUAUCGGGAUUGGCCAUUUCGUGUUUAACAUCAUCAUGCAACUAAUCGUGGGGCUCCCGCUGGAAAUGCAACAGGAGGGCUGGGUCGGUUCUUUGAGGGUGGCCAUGGUUUAUUUGUGUGGGGUUGUGGCUGGUUCCUUGGGAACAUCGUUGGUGGAUGCCUAUACGUAUAUGGCGGGUGCCUCGGGCGGUGUGUACGCAUUAAUUGCCGCCCACUUGUCUACGUUGAUCUUGAAUUGGAAGGAAGACAGUUCCAUUCGCAUCAAGAAGGUUAUACAUCAACCAUUGACGCGCAUCGUCCGAUUAUUAUUCAUUGUUCUACUCACCGUUCAUGACUUGGGCUUGGCCAUUUAUGUCAGAUAUUACGCCCAAGAAGAGAACCGCACGGGUUUUAUGGGCCACUUGUGCGGGGCUAUCGCUGGAUUUCUCGUGGGGGUUUUCGUUCUGGACAAUCGACGGGUCCAACGUUGGGAAGUCAUAUGGCAAAGGAUUGCUUGGGGGAUCUUUCUCGCCCUCAUCGGGGCGGCCAUCCUGUGGAAUGGCGUGGGCAACUUGUGCACCAAUAACUCGUUCUUCCCGCCCUCAGAUUUUCGCGCCUUGGACGGCGACAGUGGUAAUUGUCAGCUGUACCUGUGAAUACACAUUGACCAAUCAGUCAAUGGUGACUAGUGAACGUAGAAGAAAAUAUAUAAAUUAUUUUGCGCACAAUAAAUGAAGCCUGAAUUCGC